GCGAAGAAUCUGCUCCGAUAUUUGUAAACAUCAAUUGGACCACAAAUAUCACUCCAAAUAUACUUUGGUUAAUGAUACAAAUAUUUUGAAACGUCUGACCAAUUCAAGAGGGCAAAUAUAUCUGUUAAUCAAACAUAUGGCAUCCUAAGGAUUAUUCAAUUUAUGCAAUGCGAUGUACGAAGCCUUUAUUAACGGUUACCGUUUGGCCGAUGUGUCACAUGGCAAGCCCUAUUAUGUUUACUGUAUCGAGAUUUUGGAGUCGCAGACCGGCACUCGAUACUCCAUCGAGAGGAGAUACAGCGAAUUUAGUGCGUUACAUCGUACGUUGAAGAAGGACAAUUCGGAUAUCGCGCCUUUUCCACCAAAAAGAGUAAGAAACUCGCAACCAAAAGUAUUAGAACAACGACGGGCUGCAUUGGAAUUAUAUAUACAAAAGAUGCUACAUUUAUUAGCAACGAAGCAGCAAGUUCUCAAUUUUCUAGGCAUAGAAGAUCAGGGAUUUACAUCUCACAAAAGAAUAUACAAAACUACAAAUUGUUCGAUACAUAAUCCAAAUACUCUGGGACAUCAUCCAGUGUUAACUUUUCACUGCGAUCCAUAUGUCCAAGCUGAUUCGACCAGCAGUCUUCCAGAUGUUGUAACAAACGGUGUGUUAUUAGGUAUAUACAAAUCUUGAUACUCAUGUAUUAAAAAUAACUCGCAAGGAUAUUGAAGCAUUAGCUAUAAAUGCAUUUUUGAUAGUGAUAACAUUUAGUGCAAUAAUAUACAAAUAAAGAAAAUAUCUGAAGGGUUUUUUGCCUUCACGAAUAAAACAAUGUAUCUUGACAAAGA